CACUCCUUGAAGAAGGCACUCAGAGGGAUUUAAGUUUCCUCUUAGUGAGCUCUUCUGCUCUGGAUCUCUCUGUCUCAUCCUGCUCUUUCUCUCUCUAAACCUCAUCCCUUCAUAGACGACAGCAGCCAUGUCUUCGACCAAAACCACUUCUUACACCAUCAGCGGUGGAAGCAUGAGUGGCGGCAGCAUGGGUGGAGGCAUGGGUGGAGGUAUGAGGAAAUCCUUCUCCAGCAUGUCUGCCAGCGCAGCUCCCAUUGGCGGCAGAAUGAGCACUGUGUCAUACCGUCGCUCCGGUGGUGGUGGUGGCGGUGGCUUUGGCGGCAGUGGCUUCGGAGGAGGAUCUGGAUCAAGCUUCAGCUACAGCAUGGGCGGUGGUGGCGGAGGCUAUGGAGGAGGUCUCGGAGGAGGUUACGGCAGUGGUGCAGGAUUUGGCGGCAGUGGUGGUGGAUUUGGCAGUGGUGCUGGAUUCGGCAGUGGUGGUGGAUUUGGCGGUGGUUCAGGAUUCGGUGGUGGUCUUGGUGGAGGGUUCCCUGGUGGUGUGGUACCCAUCACAGCUGUCACAGUCAACAAAGGCCUCCUAGCCCCACUGAACCUAGAAAUCGACCCCAACAUCCAAGUUGUCCGCACCCAGGAGAAAGAGCAGAUCAAGACCCUCAACAACCGUUUUGCUUCCUUCAUUGACAAGGUGCGCUUCCUGGAACAGCAGAACAAAGUACUCGAGACAAAAUGGAGUUUACUGCAGGACCAGACCACCACCCGCUCCAACAUCGAUGCCAUGUUCGAGGCCUACAUCGCCAACCUGCGCAGACAGCUUGACGGACUUGGUAAUGAGAAGAUGAAGUUAGAAGGAGAGCUAAAGAACAUGCAGAACUUGGUAGAGGACUUCAAGAACAAAUAUGAGGAUGAAAUCAACAAGCGUGCCUCAGUGGAGAAUGAAUUUGUCCUGCUCAAGAAGGAUGUUGAUGCAGCCUACAUGAACAAGGUUGAGCUUGAGGCCAAGCUUGAUUCUCUUCAAGAUGAAAUCAACUUCCUCAGGGCCAUCUUUGAGGAGGAGCUGCGUGAUCUCCAGUCACAGAUUAAAGACACAUCAGUCAUUGUGGAAAUGGACAACAGUCGCAACCUGGACAUGGAUUCCAUCGUUGCUGAGGUCCGUGCUCAGUAUGAGGACAUCGCCAACCGCAGCCGCGCUGAGGCCGAGUCAUGGUACAAACAGAAGUUCGAGGAGAUGCAGUCAUCUGCUGGCAAAUAUGGAGAUGACCUUCGCAACACCAAGCAGGAGAUUGCUGAACUCAACCGCAUGAUCAGCAGACUUCAGAAUGAAAUUGAAGCUGUCAAAGGACAACGUGCCAACCUGGAAUCUCAGAUCGCUGAGGCUGAGGAGCGUGGAGAACUGGCAGUGAAGGAUGCCAAGCUCCGCAUUAAGGACCUGGAAGAAGCCCUGCAAAGAGCAAAGCAGGAUAUGGCGCGCCAGGUGCGUGAGUACCAGGAGCUCAUGAAUGUCAAACUGGCCUUGGACAUUGAGAUCGCCACCUACAGGAAACUUCUGGAAGGAGAGGAGAGCAGGAUUGCUUCUGGUGGUGGCUCUGCAACUGUCCACAUCCAGCAGUCAACCAGCAGUUCCAGCGGUGGUGGCGGCGGCGGUGGCUUCGGAUUCGGUGGUGGUUCCGGAUUCGGUGGUGGUUCCGGAUUUGGUGGUGGUUCUGGUUUCGGGGGUGGAUCUGGAUUCAGCGGUGGAUCUGGAUUUGGUGGUGGCUUCAGCAGUGGGAGCGGCUAUGGCUAUGGUGGUGGCUCAGGGAUGUCCAUUGGUGGCGGAGGCGGCAGCAGCCAAGUCUCAAUGUCCCGCUCUGUGGUGCAGAGCAGCCAGCAGCGCCGCCUUUAAACCAAAUAUUUCCACCCAGUUCCCCGCUCU